CUUCUGUGGAUGAUGACACAUCAAGUAAAUUUCAAUGGCCGAUGAAAACUCAGACACCUACACUUUGAACAAAAUUCGUAUAAGAGUAUCGCGAUAUGACUAAACAAGUACAAGCAGACCAAUUACCCCUGGUAUGAAAUCCGAGAUUGAAGAAACGAAUCUAUUGAUUGCUAUCUAAGAAUAUCACCCCAGUACCAGUCGCUGUCGCACCUGCAGCUGUUGACUUUACAUCUACUUUGACUCCGGUACUACUAGACAUUCAUAGAAGAUAGUUCGCGCAAUCGGCCUCGUGUCGUAUCAAUCUUGCUUACUUUUUAUAGCUCAGAGAAAACGAAAAGAUGCACUCUGGAGAUUACGAUAAGGAUUGCGGGAUCUGGAGCCCCCAAGGAGACAUCCCACAGAUAAAGCACGCGUGUGCCGCAGUGGCAAACGGAACCGUGAUCGUGGGUCUUUGCUCAAAUAAUUAUGCUCUGCUUGCCGGAUUCCGAAAGAAGCAACAGAGUGACUUCUCCAGCUACGACGAGAAGCUCUUCAAAAUAGACGACCAUUGCGGUAUUGCUAUCGCGGGAAUGACAGCAGACGCACGCGUCCUCGCUGAAUACAUGCGGUAUUGAUUGGCAAAAGAACUAUUUGGUGAAUACAAAAACAAAUGUUUCCUAUUUUUACGUCCAGUUCCAUGUAGAUGUAGUGGUCCAUGAUUUCUUUUUUUCUCUUGUGUCAUCAAUAUCAUUAUCAACAUCUAGAUCGUAUAGAAGUUGUCAUACAAAUUGAAAAAUAUGGAACAUCAGAAACGAAUGCUUGGAGCACAAAUACGUGUACGACGGGCCAAUGAACGUUGGACGACUUGUAGCGCAGAUCGGAGAAAAGGCGCAGACGAAAACAGCGCAAGGUGGAAAGCGUCCAUACGGAGUGGGGUUAUUAGUCCAAAGCUACACCGAGGAUACUGGAAAGGUAAAAAUGAAAAAAGAACUUUAGAAUUAGAUUGUCAUCAUUACUUACUUUUACGCGGAAUUAUUCUUUAGGAAAUAGAAAACGUUGACUUUCAUGCUCAUGAUAUUGGAGGACGUGAUGAGUAAGAGAAAAAGCUUUCUUGACGACCUGUAGUUGCUGCACCACACAACGAACAAGGGAGUUAUGGUUAUGGAGCAGUUGAAGUUGAACAUGAAGAACGACAUUUGUACAAUUUUUUUUUCAUCUCGUGUUCCAUGAUCAGGCUGGUAUUUAUGAGACGUCGCCGUCUGGAGAUUUCUACGAGUAUAAGGCAAUGGCGAUUGGCGGCCGAGCGCAGCGUGCGAAGACCUACUUGGAGAAGCAUUUUGAGACUUUUCCAGAAGAGUCUCUGGAGAAGCUGAUAGAGCAUGUGGUGAAAGCAGUCGCGCUGACGGUUGAGCAAGACACCGAACCGACUACGCUGAACAUCGACGUUUCAAUUGUGGGAAAAGACUCACCGUGGCGCAAGCUCCCGGCAGCGGAAUUGCAGCCGUAUAUCACGAAAGCAGCCGCGGACGCACCCGCUGCAAGCGCUGCGGUCGACGACGCUAUGGAUACCAGUGGAUAAGAGUUUCUGACGAGACCACCUCCACACUUAUCUAUAUUCUAGCGGACGUUGACGAGGAGUAAGACAAACAGAAGAAGAUUUUCAUUUUAUUCAUGUCCAAGUCAGUUCCCCUUUUGGACGGUAGAUACAACUCCCUCAACAUAGAUUUUUUUACUGGAACAUUCCUUUCGUGCUCAGUGUUUGAGGAACCCUUCCUGACGUUAGCCUUGGGACUCAUUUGAGAUGUGUGCUUCCGCCACCCAGCGAGCAGAAAAAUGAUAUACGCCCUCCCGAUUAUACAUAUUUGCUUCCCACGUGUGUGAAAAACGACACAGAACAGAAUGCUUCAUCGCCAUUUAUGUGGUCUUGCAUUCUUCAGCAAGCAUGCUGCACUACACUGGUGCCCUAUUUCUGGUCCGACAAGAAACUUUUGAUCUGCGGCUGUAUUGAUGAUGAAU